CUACUCAGCUACCUUGCCUAAACGGGAAAUAUUGGAAGAUCAACACGAUCUAGAAGCUAGAGGACGCAAGACAUCUUGUAGCAAGGUAAUACCUAUUACCAUGCCACGAGGGGAUGACGAAUCGGUCUAGCAAGCUAGACUACAUCUCAUACGAGCAAAUUUGCUAAUAUUACUGGUCAAUUUCUCCCAGAGAACUGGUUUAUGACAUGCAGUUGCGCUCGUAAAUAAUGCAAGAAGCUGAAAUGGGCUGCCUCAGACUAGAAAACACCAAUACUAACAGGCAAUACCCAGGUCUGAAGUCCCCGAAUUCACCGGGGCAGCUGAAGAUAUCCACCAUGGCGCGCUCGCCUUCGCCGAACUUAUACGUAGCUCUUUGAUCUAUUGGCAGAUUACCAGUGACGUUACGCCUCGUAGCUCCGAGACGAGCUCCCUCCAAGAGCUCCCCCCUCGUUUGGAUAGGGAGGGAGCUUGCUCUUUAAGAACCUAUCGUAUAUAACACCCCCCUCUCUUUCGCCUUUGUUCGCACCUGAGUAGACUCUAUCCUCAGCAUCAUAUCUAUACAUUCCUCCAUAUCAAUCGAUAUACUAGCCAUCAAUAUGUCUUACAACGACAGCAACAAUAGUUCGAGCUACGACCGCAACGACGACUACUCCUCUCGCAACGAGGGAGGGUACGGGUCUAGUCGUAAUGACAAUACUACCUACGGUGGUAACGAGCGAUCAGAUGAUUCCUAUGGAUCAAGCAACACCUACGGGUCCUCAAACCGUCAGGACAAUGCCAACUCAUAUGGUUCAAGCCGUGACAACGAUAAUAGCUACGGCUCCUCAAACUCAUACGGUUCCAGUGACAACACAUACGGCUCGAGCAACACUCGCCGGGACGACGAUGAUAAUAUUGGUUCUUCCCGCAAUAAUGACAGCUAUGGUUCGGAUAGCAAUCCUCGAGACAAUGACGAUAACUCUUACGGCUCUAGCCGGAACAACAAUAGCUAUGGCUCAAACGACAACGACAACUCGUAUGGGUCUAGCAAGAAUAACACCAGCAGCUACGGCUCAAAUGAUAACUCCUAUGGGUCGGGUAACAACACCAGCUCCUACGGAUCAUCCCGAGACAAUGAUAGCUAUGGCUCUUCUAACCGUCGCAAUAACGACGACGAUAAUGACACUUACGGAUCUCGUAACACUGGUUCCAACAGUUAUGGUUCGAGCGACCGUGACAAUCAGAACUCCUAUGGCAGCUCUUCUUACGGUGCUCGUGACAAUAACUCGGGGAGCUAUGGAGAUGACGAUGACGCCUCCGGCCGCAAAGGAGAUAGCACUGCUGGAAAGCUGCUGGAGAAGGCUGGUUCAGUCCUCGGCAGUGACCGCCUAGGGGAAAAGGGUCGCGAGAAGCGUGAGGGAGCUGGAUAUGGGGACAACGAUGGCUACUAAGUAGGUAGUCAGCAGAGUUCUGAGAUAUAUCGAGAUUGAAAUAUCUUUAGCAAUCCCUCUCUAUCUACUAAUUUGACAUAUGCCUCAAAUCGGGUUCUAUAUUAGUUUAUAACAGAAAACCAAAGACCAUAGAUGCCAACAUAGUCAUUUAAGGAAUGCAACUUCGCGGUUAUUAUGAAUUAAGAA